CCGCCGGUUUUCCUUCCCUCUGCCCCGCCCACGGCAUGGCCCCGGUGCCCCCCAAGAGAAGGCGGGGCCCAGGCCGGGGAGAGGAGGCCGGGGCCGGGAGAGCCGCAGCCCCCUCCCCAGCCCCGCCCCGCUUCCCGGGGGUCACCAUCUACCUGGCCGAGCAGCACAUGGGCCGGAGCCGCCGGGCUUUCCUCACAGAGCUGGCCCGGGCCAAGGGCUUCCGCGUGGACCAGGCUUACAGCCCAGAAGUGACCCACGUGGUGAUGGAGGGGAGCUCGGCAGCUGAAGCAUCUGACUGGCUGGAUCAUGUGUUGGGGGCCUCUGGGAGCCUUCCGAAGCCCCUGCUGUUGAAUAUCAGCUGGUUCAUCGAGUGCAUGCGUCAGGGGAAACCUGUACCAGUGGAAGGCCGACACUGCCUGGAGGUCCCCUUACCCACGAGGAGCCAGGCAGAUCCAGACUCUGUGCCAGCCUACGCAUGUCAGCGACACACACCCCUCGCCCACCACAAUCUGUGCUUUACGGAGGCCCUGGAGACCCUGGCAGAGGCUGCAGGUUUCGAGGGCAGCCAGGGCCGGUUCCUCGCCUUCCAGCGGGCUGCCUCGGUGCUCAAGGCCCUGCCUGGCCCCAUCACCAACAUGAGCCAGCUGCAAGGGCUUCCCUGUUUUGGAGAACAUUCUUCCAGGAUUGUGCAGGAACUGUUGGAACAUGGAGUUUCUAGUGAAGUUGAAGGAAUCAAACAAUCAGAGAGAUACCAGACGAUGAAGCUCUUCACCCAGAUCUUUGGAGUUGGGGUGAAGACCGCUGACAGGUGGUACCGGGAAGGGCUUCGGACCCUGGACGAUCUCCAAGCACAGCCCAGAAAACUGAACCGGCAGCAAGAGGCAGGGAUCCGUCAUUUUGAGGACCUUAGCAGUCCAGUCUGGCGCCAUGAGGCAGAUGCCAUCCAACAGGUCGUGGAGGAGGCCAUACGGCAAGUGCUUCCUGGCGCCACUGUGACCCUGACUGGUGGCUUUCGCAGGGGAAAGCUGCAAGGUCAUGAUGUGGACUUCCUUAUCACCCACCCUGUAGAAGGACAGGAGGCAGGACUGAUACCCAAGGUGAUGGGCCACCUAGAGAGCCAGGGUCUUGUUCUGUACCAACACACCCAAAGCAACCAUUACCAAGACCUCAAGGACCUUGACCACAAGGCGUCCCAGAACACUGCCAUGGACGCCUAUGAGAAAUGCUUCUGCGUUCUCUGGCUCCCAAAGCCACCUACAUCCUUCCACCUGGAGACUGGAGAGGGUCCCAAAGAGCCCUCCAGGGAUGGGAAAGCAGUGAGAGUGGACCUUGUGGUAUCACCUAUCAGCCAGUUUGCCUUUGCCCUGCUUGGCUGGACUGGCUCCCAGCAUUUUGAGAGGGAGCUUCGAAGGUUUAGCCAAGCAGAGAAGAACCUGCUGCUCAACAGCCAUGGCCUCUAUGACCCAGAAAAGAAGGAGUCCUUACCAGCGGCUUCAGAGGAAGACAUCUUCACACACUUGGGCCUGGAGUACAUCGCACCAGAACAGAGGAAUGCCUGAAUGCCUGGUCUCUCAUCCCUCAUGUGCCUCCAUUUUUGGGUAGCAAGAGAAGCGCACUGCCUGGGAACUGCAGGGAUUGAGUGGGGCAGGAGGGGCCUACCCUGCCACAUGCUGGUCUGCUGAUGAUUCCACCCUGCUCCCCUCCCUGGGGGUCCCAGAAAGUCAUCUCUGGCCCUGAGAAGCUCAUCUGGGAGAAGCCUGGGCUUCCUUGUGUCCAACCCCUUCCCAUCCCGAUCCUUGGGAAGGUGAAGAUAUUUUAACAUUAGUCCGGAGAAUCUGAAAAUCCUCAGGUCUUUUAAAAUCACUCAACCUGUGUGUCAGAGAAGGGGUUCCCAGCCCCACCUUCUUGCUCAGCCAGGGCUUUUGGGAGAAUGGAAUGCCAGAGUCAGUAGUGGCCUGGAAUGCCUGAUCCAAAGUGCCUUUUAGAAAUGUAGGGCCCAUAAUUCUUUGCCUUUUUUCAUCCCUGGGGGUAGGGUAUUGGUUGUUUACAUGUAAAUGCAAAAAAAAAAUUAUGAUUAAAGGGAUGUCUAUUUUUGCAAGGAA